AUGAUCAAGGCCGUGCUGAUCAUCAACAAUCAAGGGAAGGCUCGUUUCGCACGCUUCUACGCGAACAUCGUAAGCCCGUCGCGAAUGUCCAGGUUCGGCAAGAACAUCAAGCUGGUGUACCGCACGUUCGCUACGCUCUACUUCAUCUUCCUCAUUGACAGAGCCGAGAACGAGCUGGCUGUGCUGGACCUUAUCCAUGUGUUUGUGGAGUCGUUGGAUCGCUGCUACAAGAACGUGUGUGAGCUGGACAUAGUCUUCAACUUCACCAAGGUGCAUCAGAUUCUGAACGAGAUUGUGAUUGGAGGGCAGGUGCUAGAGGUGACAGUGGAUGAGGUGCAUCGAGCCGUGCAGGAGAUAGAGAGGCUUGAGCGGAAGCCAGACACGCCAGCAACACAGCUGCGGCCCAGGGGCGCUCCUCUGCUCUCCUGA